GCAAGUGCUGCAGACGUUGCUCAUCAUGUACCGCUGCAGCAAUCGAGUACUGGCGGAGCCGGAGGAGAACUUCGUUCUCCGCGUGGAAAGGCUCCUAGCAAACAACUCAGUGAGGUACAUUCUGCAGCAGCAGCAGAUGACCAAGCAACCCGAGGGCGCGGGCGUCAUGGAGAGUAUGCUUUACGCUGAUGCUCGGAGAGGUCGAGCAAGUCAGCUGGAGGGCCAGGAUGCAGACCAUGGGCUUGGCAUCCGCCCAGGUGUGUCCAUGUCGGAAGUCUCGGACAAGCGAAGUGACACCUCCGAAAAGAGGUUGGACGAAACGCGGCGCGUCCUCAAAGCUCCCUUCUUCAAGUCGUGGGAGGAUUUCAUGGACUUUGACAACAACUACAAGCACAAGAUUCCAAUCACUCAAAGCGAUUUCAUGCUGCUGCUCGAAAAGGAGUCGCAGAAUAUGCAAGGUUGGGACAUGUGUGUUGACCGCAAGGAAAUCAAGGUUGCAAAGACCAUCCAGACGGAUGGCUCGGGCUGCCUCUUCUUGAGGGCUUGGUCCACUCUGCCAGAUGCCGAGCUGCCAGUGGUCUUCCACAUGUUCCACCGAUGUGAGAAGCGCAUGCAGUGGGACAAGUCGUUCUUUGAGAUGAAGGUCGUCGAUGAGAUCGAGGGUUCUGACAUCCUCUACAGCGUCCUGCGAGUUCCGGCGUGCUCCUCUCGCGACUACGUCCAGUACCGCAGGACAAAGGUUUUGGAGGAUGGCACGAUCCUCAUCAGCCUCCGAUCGGCUAACCAUCCGGAGCUGCCAGAGACCAGCAAGCACGUCCGUGCCGAGUCAUUUACCUCUGGCUACGUCAUGCGACGCUAUGAUGAUGGGAACGAGAAAGGCACAAAGGUCUUCUUGAUGACUUGCACUGACGUCAAGGGCAUCAUCCCCAAGUGGAUCAUCAACUUUGUGGCACCUCGCAAGCCCGGCGAGUGGAUCGACUGCCUGAAGCGUGCUUGCUUGGAGUACCAAGCCAGCAAUCCUGACUACGAAAGCUUGCUGAAGGAGCUGGAGCCGUUUAAAGAGUACCAUUCCUUCGACUUCGAGGACAUGGAUGCGACCGUGACCCACGGAAAGAGUGGCAAUGAGGAGGCGACUCGCAUACUUCUUUGAGCGGCGAACGUCAGGCGAGUGGCCGAGCUGAAACAAGACUUGUGUACGGCUUACGCUAGUAUAGGAUCUGAAGUUGGUAUAAGCUUAUAUAAGCUUGGUAGAAGAAUGUAUAAGACCUCUAUUUUGGAUGUUAGAGGAUGUUAGAGGUGUGUAACAGUGUAACACACUGAAACCGUCGCCAAGGGUUGUCAUUCUCACCUCCCCGGGAGUCCUUGAGGGCGGUAGGUUGCGAGCAUGAUGCUCGCGGGGUUCAUGGUGUGGUCGUGUCAAGAGAACACAAUCUCCUCCAUGUCUCCGAAAAAGAAGGCGAAGCCGACGUGCAUCUCGGUGCCCAAAGCUCUCGGUCCACGAAUCUGCAGACGAAGACGGACGAAGACUGGAGCCUUCACAGCGAUGUUUGAAAAGCGAGCUCAUCUCCGGAGUCGCGAUCCAGCGACCGCGACUCUCGUGCCUCCCCCUUCCUGACAGGGUCGAGUGCCAGUGUUUGGCCAAACGGAAGCACCAUCGUUUCCCAAAGAAGUGAGGUUUUUACACGUGAGAACAUCCUUCAUGUGACAGAAUGCGGACCGGGAAAUGAUCAAGUAGGUCGGGUGUCCGUCCUAAAGACGUGGAACAAAGUAGGUCGGUGCAGAUGUAGGUUGCCGCCCAAAGGGCGAAUGCAACAGAUCCUGUCUCACCAAGAUGAAAUUUUUGUGUCGGUCAGUACCGAUUGGCGGCAUGCAGGUGCAGGUGUUCACCGAGGACGGGAACGCGAGAAAAAGCCUGCGUUGCUUUCCCAAAUUUUCAAAUCUCAUGGAGAUUGUCUCCAUUUUGCAAUUUGUUUCUCUGACCAUCAGAGACUCUGACCUGGGCGUUGUUUCUGGUCAAGGCCGUCAUUUGUCGACACGUCUUAGACGCUGAUGCUUCUCUUUUUGCUCUGUCGUUCGCCAAGAUCAGAGAACAGCAUGACGUGCAUUCUUUCGCUCUUUCACCAAAGGAGGCCAUGUAGGCCAUGUAUACGGAAGCACUAUGAAGCACUUAUCGUCUACAGUAUCUCAGGAGUUCGUCCG